CGGCGGGUACGGGGCUGGAGGGUGAAGCUGUGGGCUGUGGGCCAUGGUUGGUUGGAUUGAGCCAGGCCGGGCCGGGGCGCCGAGCUGGAGGGGGUGGCAGUGAGCGGCGGCGGAGGCUGCAGGGUUCGAUUUGGCUGACUGGGGAGUCUGCCGGUGGCAGUAGACACUUACUUAGCGUUAUCAUGUUGGCAGGAGUGUCCUUGCUGUUAUUUUAGGACAGAUAGACAUCCGACCAGCCUUUCCACUUCAGCAUCCCUCCAGUUCAUUCAUUCAACAAGUAUUUAUUGAGCACUUCCAUGAUCCAGGAGCCAUGCGGGGCCAGCGGAGCCUGCUGCUGGGCCCUGCCCGCCUCUGCCUGCGCCUGCUUCUGCUCCUGGGCUACAGGCGCCGCUGCCCACCUCUGCUCCGCGGCCUGGUUCAGCGCUGGCGCUAUGGCAAGGUCUGCCUGCGCUCCCUGCUCCACAACUCCUUUGCAGGCAGUGACACCGCUGUGGAUGCUGCCUUUGAGCCUAUCUACUGGCUGGUGGACAACGUGAUCCGCUGGUGUGGGGUGGUGUUCGUGGUGCUGGUGAUCGUGCUGACCAGCUCCAUCGUGGCCAUUGCCUACCUGUGUAUCCUGCCCCUCAUCCUUCAAACCUACUCAGUGCCACGACUCUGCUGGCAUUUCUUCUAUAGUCACUGGAAUCUGAUCCUCAUCGUCUUCCAUUACUACCAGGCUAUCACCACUCCACCUGGAUACCCACCCCCGGGCAGGAAUGAUAUCACAACAGUCUCCAUCUGUAAGAAGUGCAUUAACCCCAAGCCAGCCCGAACACACCACUGCAGCAUCUGCAAUAGGUGUGUGCUGAAGAUGGAUCAUCACUGCCCCUGGCUAAACAACUGUGUAGGCCACUAUAACCAUCGGUACUUCUUCUCUUUCUGCUUUUUCAUGACUCUGGGCUGUGUCUACUGCAGCUACGGAAGUUGGGACCUUUUCCGGGAGGCUUAUGCUGCCAUCGAGAAAAUGAAACAGCUCGACAAGAACAAACUACAGGCGGUUGCCAACCAGACUUAUCACCAGACCCCACCACCCACCUUCUCCUUCCGAGAAAGAGUGACUCACAAGAGUCUUGUCUACCUCUGGUUCCUGUGCAGUUCCGUGGCACUUGCCCUGGGUGCCCUAACUGUAUGGCACGCUGUUCUCAUCAGUCGAGGUGAGACUAGUAUCGAAAGGCACAUCAACAAGAAGGAGCGACGCCGACUGCAGGCCAAGGGCAGAGUUUUUAGGAAUCAUUACAACUAUGGCUGCUUGGACAACUGGAAGGUAUUCCUGGGUGUGGACACAGGAAGGCAUUGGCUGACUCGGGUGUUGUUACCUUCCAGUCACCUGCCCCAUGGGAACGGAAUGAGCUGGGAUCCCCCUCCCUGGGUGACCGCUCACUCAGCCUCUGUGAUGGCAGUGUGAGCUGGAGUGUGUCAGCCACAACUUGAGCACCACCCUGCUUCCGACAUUGCCUCAAGGGCCUCCAAGGAUAGCUUCUUGGAAUCCUUGAGCAAAAAGAGCCAGUGGGCCUGCCUUACGGUACCAUGCAGGGACAGCUCAAAGACCAGUCUCCCGGCCAUGGCGGAAGCAAGGCAUGAUGCGGAAAAAUCCUAGGACUGAUGUCCCUUUACUCAGGCAAACAGAAGUUCCAGCCCCAGACUGGAGAUCAGGCAGCUAGCAACCUUGCCAGGUACUGACCCCGACCUCCUCCAGCUUACAGCACUGGGGUUGGCUACCACCUCUUCCACUUGCCAUCUGAGAAAACACCUGAAUGGUAGAGCUGAGAUCCUGGCUUCUCAACAGGGCAAAGAUACCAGGCCUACUGCUGAGGUCACUGCCACUUCUCAUGUGCUGAAGGGAGCAAAAAUAAAGCACACCUGGCUGGGCACCCAAGACUGUGAGUGUACGGAUGCCAACAAGCUGAAGCUGGGUGCUGGGGUCCGUCAGGGCCAUGAAUACCAGUGAGCACAGCUGGUCCUUGAAGUCACUCAGAGGCCUUUCAUCUAGGAAGAGACAGAGUCCAGCUGCCAUGGCCCCAUUACCCUGUAGAAUGUUGCUAAGGAAGGAGUCAAGGAGGUCCUCAGCAUCAGCCCUCAGCACAGAGCGAGACAAACACGCAGUCAGGGAGUUAAGGGCUGCCAGGCCCUCGGCCUCUACCCGCUCACUUGCCGUCUGGAACACCUGUCAGGGAGGGAUCCCAUGGCUACUGAGGUGAGCCUGCACCAGGUGAGACCCCACCCACCUACUGCCUAUUUCCUUUGCGGGGAGGGGGUGGUGAGAACCUUUGGGGCACAGCAAUGGAAAUUAACCCCCCAAAUGAGUUUCUUCUCAAUUGGUGUAUUCUCACUAAGUCCUCAGUCCCACUAGGAUUGAUACACAUACUUUUUGAGAAACUGAAUACAACUUUGAGCAGUGGUUGUUGGGAACCCCUUUCCUAAGUCUCUUCCUCUCCCGCUCUACUCAGCAUGACCUAUGCUCCUUACCAUGGAAGGACAGGAAUUGGGCACUGUGCGAGACUGAUCAUGUGCCACGACCAAACAGCUGACCCUACCUUGUCAUUCAACUAGAAGUAUGCCCCCUUGCUCUCUUGCUGAAUAACCAAGCACAGCAACAGAGGGAAAAGGAUACGGUGUGUUAUUUCCCCUCGUGCCUGACAACCAGGAGUUAAUGGUAGUGAGUUUAUCUAAGUAACACUCACCUCUCUGCGGAUAGAAGCCCAAAGGCUGGGGAGGAAGUCCUUUAGUUCUUUCUGUCCGUACACAGCACAGCAAGCAUUCUGCCAAGGAAAGCACAGGUAAUGGCUAUCUACACACUCAGACUUCCUAGGACAUGCAGGCCCCUCAGCAUAAUGGCACCUGAAAGACCCCGGCUCUCAGCAGUAAACCAGCAGGAUUUCAUAACCAUCCUACCCAGGUCACUGAAAAAUAGGAGCUUGUCCUGACUGAUGGAAAACAAGCAUGAAGAGGGAGCCCUGGUCAGCCUUUCCUCAGCUGCCACUCAGUUACUACAGAACAAGACAAAACGCAACUGGGGGCUUUAGGUCAACAUAUAGGCCCGGAUUCUGGGUAUCCCUCUCUUGAGGCCAAUGAACUAUUCCCUGGCUCUCCAAGAAUCAAUUCAUAAUCCUUUAGCACCCCUAAAUUGUCUAAAGACAGCUGGAUCCUCAAAAGAGAACAAUCACUCACCAGAGUCUGCAGAGAAUCCAGCUUGGCACUCAGAAUCUCGGAAUCCACUUUCUCAAUCAGCAGGGGGAGCAGGAACUGUGGGAGAGAAGGAAGAACUAAAGAGUGAGAUAUGGGUAGUGCUGCAGCCACACCAAGGCCAACCAUGUCCUCACUGCCACCAGUUCCCAGGGGUAGGUGUUACAUCAAGGAGCUAUACUCGAGUCGAGAGUAGUGACUGUAAACCAACCUCCCUCUCAAUCCAUGGCCAGACUCCCAGUGACCUGAGAAGUGGGCUAGCUGGCAAAGCUAAAGAAUUUCAAAAGAUAGCACCAAAUAGGGAUUGGUUUACUAUUUUAAAUGAAGAGAUGGUGAAGUUUUUUACUUCGAAGGUCUGAAGACACUUGCAAGAUGCCAUAACCUAAAAUGUAUACUGGAACUUUCUUUUCCCCCAUGCUUUUACUGUUCUUUCUUCAGACCCUUCUGUGGGUUGAGGCUACAUAUCCUAACUUUGGCUAGACCCACCUCAGCAAAUUGCGGUGUAGAAGCCAGCACAGCUCGAAGACUCAGGAUGAGAUCUUCUCUCUGGAUACCAUGGGGAUCAUUAGGUGGCUGGAAAAGGCAGAAGGGGGCGUGAGCUUGUAUAACUCUUCAGACCACCCCUGGACACAGGAGUGAACCUGGCAACCCUGCAGAAUAGGGUGAGAUUUACACCCAAUCUGGCAGAAGUUUAUGGUAUGAGGCCCCAGCAGGAAGACUGCUUGCUCUUACAUGUUCCUUGGGAAUUUUUGUCUGUUGGGCAUUUAUUUUCUAUCUGAUCACACAGUUUCCAUCUUAUCUAUCAUCUCACCACUCAGAGAUAAGCACCCUUAACUUUCUGGUGCAAGUUUCUUCUCUGUAUAUAUGGUAUCAUGACUAUGUGAUUGGUAGACGCUGUUUCCCUUUAAAAUAUAUACACUUUUUAAAAA